AUGGCUUCGUCUAUUCUUCUCACGAAUGCAACCCUCCUGGUUCCUUCUGGCGAGGCAAACGACUAUGUGGUUGCUCUACGACACCACUCACUGCUCAUUGAAGGUAAUAAAAUCGUCCGGAUUUCGUCGGAAAUUGCCCCCCCAUCACCGCAUACCGAGAUACUGGACUGCACAGGCAAAAUUAUCUCUCCUGGAUUCAUUGACACCCACCAUCACCUCUGGCAAACUCAGCUGAAAGGACGCCAUGCAAAUCACACUCUCAUGGAGUAUAUGUCAACCGCUGCCAACGGUGUGGAAGCCACUGUUGCAUCUGGUAUCCGAUCUAUUUUCUGCUACACGCCCACUAUCAAGCUGAAGGCAUGGAAGCCCGAACUCGUUCCUGCAGACGACAUGCUUGGGAACUGGGUACACAAACAGCUCGAUGAGUUCGCUACCUCGGCCCCAUGGGCAGACGGCCGGGUCCAUCUGGGUCUCGCCUUUGAUGGAUACUCCCUUCCAAAAGAGGUUGUUAUUGGACUGCAUGAGAGGGCCCGCAAAGCCGGCGUUAAGCUUAUUACUGCCCACUGUGUACACGGUUAUUUUAGUGAUGAUUCUCUUGUUGAUAUUAUUGACAGUUAUGGCCUUCUCGGUCCGGAUUUCCUGCUCUCUCAUGCUACGAAUCUCACAGAGGGUGACGUGGAAAAGCUCAGAAAAGCAAAUGCUUGGAUCUCCUCGACUCCAGAUACCGAGCUCCAGAUGGGCAUGGGAAACCCUGUGUGUUUCCGGGAGGGUUGCACCGAUAUUAGCUCGCUGGGAAUCGAUUGCCAUAGUAACAACUCGAGUUCUAUUCCCACACAAAUGCGUGUGGCCCUUCAGUGUGAACGAGCUCGAAGGAACGAUACCACCGUCGCGCAGGGAAAGUAUCUGCGCUCACUAAAUGUAUCUGUCCAAGAUGCUUUCAAACUGGGCACUAUCCAGGGCGCUCGAGCCAUUCACAUGGACAAUAAAGUCGGCUCCAUAACGGCUGGAAAGCUGGCUGACCUUGUCAUUUUUGAUGCUCAAACCCCGGGAAUGAUUUGUGCCAGUGAGGAAGACCCCGUCGCGGCUAUUGUUCUGCACUCUUCGAUCCGGGAUAUUGACACGGUCAUUGUUGAUGGGCGGAUCUGUAAACAGAAUGGAAGGCUAGUUCCUGUGAAUGUCAACACAACCCUUGAAGACGCCGUUAUUGCGAAGCAGAGAGUCGAUUGGGGGGAGGUUGCACAGCAGCUCCUCUCCAGUCGGAGAAGAAUCCAGGCUGCCAUUGAGAAAGCUGGCGCGAAUGACUUUGAACACAUGAUGUCUGGAACGAUGAAGAUGCUCCAGAUUGCUGAAAACAAAUUCGUGUGA